UGAAAAUGUUUAUUGCGUGCUUAUUUUUCAGAGCAAAUGCCUAGAUCAAGUCGAUCAAAAUCGCGUGAUAAAAGUGUGAGUCGAGAGAAGUCAAAAAAGUACAGAAAGAGAUCAAGAUCGCGCGAUAAGCACAAGUCAAAGGAGUCUAAGGAAAAGAAAAGAAGAUCCAGAUCUUCGAGUGGUGAAAAAGAUGUAUUUGGUCGAUCUGUUCAUCGGAAGCGGCAUAUAACUGAAAAAUCUAAAAAGGACGACGAGGAGAGGUCGAAGGAAUUUGAGCGCUUGCGCCUUAUAAGACAAAAAGAGAUGGAGGAGCGUUUAGUCGAAGAAGAAGUUCAAAAGAAGAUUCAAGAGAGAAUUGCCGCUCGAGUUGAAGAGGAACUGGAAAAAAGAAGAGAUGAAAUUGAAGCUGAAGUUACGAAAAGAGUUGAGGAAGCAAAAGCUCGAAUGGAAAACGAGUUGAUGCGGGAACUAGAACACAAAAGGAUACUGGAAGCUGAAAAACGAAGAAAAAUAGAGGAAGAAGAACGUCUGAAGCAAGAAGAACUUGAAAAUAUUAUAGCGGAGAAUCAGAAAAAAAUUGAGGAGCAGCAGAAGAAAAUGGCCGAAGAGCAGCUUAGAUUGGUGGAAGAGCAACGGAGAAUAGCGGAAGAGCGAAUGAAAAUGGAACAAGAGGAGCGAGAACGAAAACAGAAGGAACUAGACAUGGUGCUCGGAAAGAAAAACAGUCGACCCAAGCUAUCCUUCAAUCUCAACAUGAAAUAAACACCGUGGAUAGUUUUCAAUCUGUAAUAGGUCUCUUGGCGUCCAGAGUGAAGACCCAGAUUAGAAUUGGGGAUAUUGAGGUGUUGGACCACCAAGAGAAAAGUGUGUGACGCACCAAAAACAACUACAAUAGUUUUUUUUGAUAAUUAUUAUUGUGUAUAACUAA